UGCGCAGGGGGCGCUGACUGAGGAAAGAGCCGGGGAGUAGUCAAAUAGUCUCCCGUCAGUGAGAGGAGCUAGGAAAACGAUAGUAUAAGAACCACCCCGGGUACACUCGGGGUUUCUCCCCCUCAAAUCAAUUAUGCUCGUCUCGCCGCUGUCGCUUCAUCUCUGGUGUCCGCUUCCCGGACGCUGAAUGGCGCUGGUUACCGUGCAGCGUUCACCGACCCCCAGCACCAGCUCCAGCCCCUGCGUCUCGGAGUCCGGUAGUGGGGAGGAUGACCGCCGCUCUCAGCCAAGGAGCAUCAGUGAAAGUUUCCUGACCGUUAAAGGAGCUGCUCUCUUCUUACCUCGAGGAAAUGGCUCUUCUACGUCAUCUGUCUCUCGCUUCUCACAGCUACGAAGCAAACAUGCAGGAGACAUCCAGCAGCAUCUACAAACCAUGUUCACUCUCCUCAGACCAGAGGACAACAUCAAACUGGCGGUUCGUUUGGAGAGCGUACACACUCAGAUCACUCGCUACAUGGUUGUGGUCUCAACGAAUGGUCGCCAAGACACGGAGGAGAGCGUGGUGCUGGGAAUGGAUUUCAGUCCUGUAGACAGCUCAUGUUCUGUAGGGAUGGUUUUGCCUCUAUGGAGCGACACGUUGAUACAUCUGGACGGAGAUGGGGGUUUCAGUGUGUCAACUGAUAACAGCGUGCAUGUAUUCAAGCCGGUUUCUGUGCAGGCCAUGUGGUCGGCACUUCAGUCCCUCCAUAAAGCAUGCGAGGUGGCUCGAUGUCACAACUACUUCCCAGGCAGCUUGUUCCUCACCUGGGUCAGCUACUAUCAAAGCAGGGUCUACUCCGACCAGGCUCGCAUCAACGAGUGGAACGCCAUGCAGGAUGUGCAGUCGCACCGUGCCGAUUCGCCCGUGCUCUUCUCUGAUGCACCUACCGAGAGAGAGCUGACAGAGCGUCAGAUCAAGACCAGUUUGAGGGAGAUCAUGAUGCAGAAAGACCUUGAGAAUGUCACCUGCAAAGAGAUUCGAACAGAGCUGGAAAUGCACAUGACAUGCAACCUGCGAGAGUUCAAAGAGUUCAUUGACAAUGAGAUGAUUCUCAUUCUGGGCCAGAUGGACAGUCCUACAGAGAUCUUUGAACAUGUCUUCUUGGGAUCUGAGUGGAAUGCUUCCAAUAUGGAGGAGUUGCAGAAGAGCGGGGUUCAGUACAUCCUGAAUGUAACAAGGGAGAUAGAUAACUUCUUCCCCGGUGUGUUUGAGUACCACAACAUCCGUGUUUACGAUGAGGAGGCCACGGACCUGCUUGCUUAUUGGAAUGAAACCUACAAGUUUAUAUCUCGAGCCAAGAAAGCCGGAGCCAAAUGCCUGGUGCACUGUAAAAUGGGCAUAAGUCGCUCUGCAGCCACAGUGAUUGCAUACGCCAUGAAGGAGUACGGCUGGGAUCUGAAAAAAGCCUUUGAUUACGUAAAGGAGCGUCGAACUGUGACCAAACCUAACCCCUCUUUUAUGAGACAGCUGGAGGAGUAUCAGGGCAUACUGCUGGCCAGCAAGCAGAGGCACAACAAAUUGUGGCGUUCUCACUCUGACAGCGACCUGUCUGAGCACCAUAAACCACUUUCUAAAUCUUACGCCCAACCGCACAGCCUUGGUCGCUCCGACCCCCAUAACCAGGCCGGCAGCGCGCUUGGUCCUUCUGUGAAAGAACUGCUGGAUUCACUGGGAACUUCAGCCAUCACUGGCAAAGCAACGCACUCCACUAGCCAGCCUGAUACUGGCAUCCACUCCAAUCAGUUCAGCUCGGCAUCCUUUGAGGGCGUGGCAGGCAAUACUGAAGCUCGAAGCCUUGAAGCCCGUUCUCGUUCUGCUGAAGUCCAAAUCCGCCAGCUGGACUCCCCUUGUCCCGAGUCCACAGCUGUGUCUCUGUUAUCUCCUCCACUCUCCAACGGCUUGUGUGACUCUGAGGAGCAGCCCUCAUCACCUCCUCUCUCCCAGCCGAGGGCCGCCACUGUGGUGCCUGAACCUCAAAAGACAGACGUGGUGACUGUUGCACAAAUUGUUUUCGUGGACCAGCCUCAUCUGCCGCCAUCCUUUCACCACCUCCCCCUCUCCCCUGCUCCAUCCCCAACUCCAAUCUGCAUGGAUGAGGUUAUCAAACCGCAGGUGUUGUCCUGCUCUCUACCUGUGAUGAAACCAAUGCUCGUGUCGUUGCCUGAGCCCUUGACAACACCAAGCACACAACAGGCUGGAUCCCAGUGUUUGUCUGCACCAGUGCCUGUUAAAAAAACAGACUGUGACCAACAAAUGUGUGGCUUAUCUUUGGACGGUUUAGGAGAACAUUCUCCCCCCACUGGUGAUUUUAUGAGCCACCCUAACGCCAUUCCACAUGACAACGAGGUGCUGUUCGGCCACAGCCCUGAUCACAUUAACUUUUUCAGUGCCAGAGAAAAGUUUAAGGGAAUGAGUCAAGAUGGUAAAACUCACUGUGCUGCAGUGCAGCAACUGAAGAGUUGCGGCAAGGAACAACAACCACUGCCUCAGGAGGUCUCAAUCAGUGAGGGGAAGGAGGAAGAGGAGUAUAAAAGAAAGGAAAUGACCAACCCUGUGCAGGGCACAGGACUGAAGCCUGCAGUGCACACAGAGGACCAGGGUCCUGAGGACCAGGAAGUGAGGAAGUCGAGGAAGGAAAUGGAUGAUGGAGAUGUUUUAUCACAGAAGGCAGCUGAUAAUGUUAAAGAGGAAGUGAAAAACCAAGAAGAAGAGGAGGAGGAGGCUCCUGCCAGUCUGUGCAGCGAUUGGACGAGGGGGUCCGUGCGGCGCGUCACACGACAGCUGGAGCAAAGAAUGAAACAGGAGCAUGAGACUCCGUCACCUUCAUCAUCUCCUCCGUCCCUCUCCGGCAGCUCCUCCUGCUCUCAGCGGCGUCCAUCCAGUGUCCAUGCUGCGACAAUGUCGAAUCCACAGAAUGCAUCGGUUGGCCCCCAAGUGUCAGAGGUUAGCAAUGUGGAGGGAGAGCAGGAGGAGAGUGGUGAUGAGUUUGGACCAGUUCAAAGGGGGAGCGGUGAUGUAGCCGAUGUGGGUGCACUAGCAAAUAAUGACAAAAGCACAAAAGGACACAAACUCAAGCCUGCUGAUAUUAGAUUACUUUCUACCUCUUCUCCUUUCCACCGUUCUGCCCAUUCUCCCUUUGCCUCUGUGAACUUCCUGUGUUUGGAGGGCGUGACAGAGUUGGAGUCAGGCACAGGCUGGGACUCCUCCACAGAGGGACCUCAUAGUGACAUUAUCAUGAGGGAGACAUGGGAGACUUUGUGCGAGCUGGGUGCCUUCCUGCAACAGGUGAGCAUGGACGGAGCCUGCAAGGAAAGGAGUGUGGGCCAGGUCUUUGGCCUCAGUGCUGGAACCACUCAGAAUCGACGUAGCGGUGUCCAAAAGAGGGUCAAAGAGGUGGAAGCGAGGCUUCGCCAGGCCGGACUGACCCCUCCAUCCCUGAUGAAGCGCUCAGCCUCUCUGGCCAAACUGGGCUGUCUAGAGCUGCUCGCCAAUGACCUGAGUGAGUGGGAGCUCAGCCGCUCCUCUGUAGCACCAUCCUCAGCGGAACCUCUCGUCCACACAGCUAGCGAUGAGUCCAAGAAGCAACGGGUUCACAACUCUCCUUCCUCAGCCGGCAAGCAGCCAGUGGUCCUCGGGACAGGUGUGAAGAGGCUUUCUGAAGCUGGAGAAACUUCACCAGGAGCCUCUCCACCACCCAGUCCAACAGGAAAACUCACGAACUCUGACCAAGAUUCUCUGCAUGUGUCUGGGCUGACACUUAUUGCUACAAGGCAGCAAUUUGGAAGGACUCAUCCCCUGCGGCGGCUUAAGAAAAAAACUGCUAGUACCCUUUACCACACCAUGUAACCCUCACUGUGUGUGUGUGCGUGUGUGUGUGUGUGUGUGUGUGUGUGUCUGUCUGUGAGAGAGAGAGAGAGUGUGUGAGAUCAUACACACCUGUGAGAAUUUGAAAUCAAGUGCAUAAUGUUGGAUUCAUUCAGCAAAACGAGCCGAUGCCUCUUGCCUUAAAGAAUAUGUGAAGAUGUUUCUGUACAUGUUUUCCUCUCAGGCUAUGAAGGGUCCAGUCAAUUAAAAAUAAACACGUCAAUCAAUUUGGAAGAAGCGCUGAGUAGUUUGAACACUUUCAGAAGAAGUCAUUCAAAAAGCAGCAAAAACAAUCAUCAAAAGUGAAUAACUUGGCUGCUGUUAAUAUGCCUGAGCCUGCACAUAUUCUCUCUAUGUCAUCGCUGGUUUCUCCAUCAUGAACUUGAUAUUUACUUGAUCGCUGUUUUUUCAUCGCAUCGUUCGACCUGAUGUGAGGUGGAAUGUAGCAUCUGUUUUCCUCUUCUUUUGCGUCCAUAUCUCUUCUUUAAUAUUUGCCAGUUGUGCUGGGUAGCUGCCAAGAAACCAUACAGCAGGUACAAUCAAACAGGUAAAUGAGUCCAACCAUCAUCAAUUCAACAAUCAAACUGACUUUUAAAAUCUGCAGAUUUGGUUAAACUUAGAUUAUUUGUCAGAAAUACUACAAUUAUAGUUACUUCUUCUGUCUGGAGACUGAUUGUAACCGUAGGUUAUGCCAACGGCAGCUCAUCUAAACUUACAGAGUCAAACCACACCCUAAAGAAAGAUGUUCGCAGAGCUGGUGACAGGGAAAUAAACUGAAAUAGCUGCAGGAUUAUUUUUGUAAACACAAUGCAAAGAGAAAAGGCAUGCUUGGUUUUUGUUUAUUUUUGACUUCUCAAUACCUCAGUAAGUGUGAACCAAAUCUGACCUGCAUAAACGUCACGAUUCCUGGACUCCUGGAAUGUCUCAGUUGGAAACUAUUUCAAUGUCACAACUUGAUGAACUGAAGUAAACAACUCUUCUCCCUCACAGGUCUGAUGCCACUCAAACUAGACGUUGUAUGUAUACAUGUAUGUAUGCGUUUCUGUGGGAGAACGGUGAGGGGAGUUGAAGGCACAGUGUAAAUUUGUGAGAUUUCUUCAAUGUUCUCUUUGGGAUGUAAAGGUCUAUAUUGUGAGUGUUAACAUUUUAGGAAUUGUACAUGUUUUUAUAUCUGGUUUGUGUCCGUGUGUGAAUGUAGCACAACAUUACUAUGUGGGUGUGACUUUGUUUCAAAAUGUUUAAUAGUCGUUAUCCAUUUUGUACACAUUUUAGGAGUGUGCCUGUGACUGGCAAGUGAAGCUUCUCGGCAGUCUAUCAGAAAUGUCUGUACAGGGAGGCCUGUCAUACAUGCACUUUACUCCCUUUUUAUUUUUAAUGUGGCUUUUUUAAUGUAUGGUUGCUACUUUUGGGGAGCAUGCUUAGGUAGUAGCAGCUGUUGGUUAUGCGUGUGUAUUGUCAAAAAUCGGAUUGUGUGUUUUAUUUUAAACUAUCCGUGUAAAUAUUCUUUUACAUAAUGUGCUUCAACUGUGACCAUUAAAUAAUGGAAAUGA